GGUGCUGAGGGCGGAGUCAGAGUGCUGAGGGCGGGCCCGGGAAGUCCCGAGGGGAGGCUCGCGCGCUCUGGGCGGGGCCAGGCGGGCUGAGGGAAGCUCACCGGGCUGAGGUGCCUCCGGGCCAUUCUGACGCGAGAGGGCCGUGGGCUGGAGCGUGCGGAGCUCAGGCCACUGGCAACGUGCGGAGCCAUGGCGGGGCCCGGGCCAGGGGAUCCGGACGAGCAGUACGACUUCCUGUUCAAGCUGGUGCUGGUGGGCGACGCGAGCGUGGGCAAGACGUGCGUGGUGCAGCGCUUCAAGACGGGCACCUUCUCGGAGCGCCAGGGCAGCACCAUCGGCGUGGACUUCACCAUGAAGACGCUGGAGAUCCAGGGCAAGCGGGUCAAGCUGCAGAUCUGGGACACAGCUGGCCAGGAGCGGUUUCGCACCAUCACCCAGAGCUACUACCGCAGUGCCAAUGGGGCCAUCCUUGCCUACGACAUCACCAAGAGGAGCACCUUCCUGUCUGUGCCCCAUUGGAUUGAGGAUGUGAGAAAGUAUGCUGGCUCCAGCAUUGUGCAACUGCUGAUUGGGAACAAGUCUGACCUGGCUGAGCUUCGAGAGGUCCAGCUGGCUGAGGCGCAGAGCCUGGCCAAGCACUACGACAUUCUGUGUGCCAUCGAGACCUCUGCCAAGGAUGCAAGCAAUGUGGAGGAGGCCUUUGUACAAGUUGCCACUGAACUCAUCAUGCGGCAUGGGGGCCCCAUGUUCAGAGAGAAAAGCACCGACCUCAUCCAGCUGGACAGCAAGGACAUUGGGGAGAGCUGGGGCUGCGGGUGCUGACGAGCCGGGCCAGAUUCCCUCCUUCCUUCGGGCUCUGUACCAGAAGGGGAUGCUGGGAAGGAGGAUCUGGACUCCCUACAGUGCCUGGUGGCUGGAGUGGUGGGCUCCAUGUUCUCCAUAUUCCAGGACUGCCCUGUGCCCACCAGCUGACCCUAGAGUGGGAUGGACUGCCCUGUUUCACCUUUUCCUUUGCCCAGUGAUCUUGACUUUGCUGCUGGAGCCCAGAUUCUGCCAGGCUCUUGGGGCCUGUUGUCUGGAGUCUUGUGAGCAGGAGCUAGCUGGACCAGUUCCUAAGUACAGCCUGGCGCUGAUUUCCCCUGCUAGAGGUGGCAUCCUCCCUAGUGCCUGCCACAGCCAUGGAGACGCCCUUGGUCCAGAUUUUUUCCCUAUCAAAACUAGGUUUAUUGGUUC